CUCUAGCUUAGCACGGCAGAAAUAUUGUUGCGAGGUUUAUAAUCAGGCUUGUCCCGCCUCUUUUCUCAGCGCUCAAGCUAGCUACGCCGAGUUCCCCAUUGAUCGCGUGCCUGUCUCACUUUCUCUCGCCAUGGUCCGCCUGCUCUCCUCGCUAAUCCCCUUGCUGGGCUCUGCGCUAGCUAUCCACCCCGCGGUGCUCGAACGCAGCGCCAAUCCCGCUGGUAGCCUCGUCGCCCGCGCAUACCCCGACGAAGCCUUACGAUGCAUUCAGGUCGAAAACCCUGUGCUUUUGCCUAACAGCAUUACGCAGGAUGAUGAGACAAUUGCGCGCCCGGCACACGAGCUGCCGUCGUGCAAGCAGGUUGUUGUCGAGCAUGUCUUUGGCAACAGCUAUGGCGCGCCCUUUGUCGGCGACUACACUCCUCCAGACUGCAAGUUCAACCGAGUUGUUCUCAACCUGACCAUCACCUCGACAGGCCUCCAGUACGACCGUCUUGGCUUCAUCUGGCUCGGCGACAAUGAAAUCUGGCGCACCACCACGGCCGAACCAAAAGCCAAGCCUGGCAUUGUCUGGACGACCUGGAAAGAGGUCACACCUUUCCUCUCGCUCUGGAAGACCAAACAGAAGCUCAUCUUUGAGCUCGACAAUGUCGUCAAUGACAUGUACACCGGCUACCUCAACACCACAGUCACCGCCAUCUUCAUCGACGAUCCCAGCACGGGCGCCAGCGCACCUCCCGCCGACCAAAUUGUCGCUGUUUCCGCACGCCGUAGUGCCGCUGGCCAGCAGAGCUCGUGGCACUAUCCCACUGAAAAGACCGAGCUACAGGUGACUCUGCCGCGCAACAUUAAGCGUGCUGUCUUUUCUGUCGCCGCGGCUGGCCAGCACGACGACGAAUUCUGGUGGCAGAAUGCUCCUGACGAGGCGAUGCCAUAUCUUCCCAGCGACUAUGGCUUCAAGGGCGGCUUCCGUGAAGUGCGUGUCCGCAUUGAUGGUGAUGUAGCUGGUCUUGCAUGGCCGUUCCCCGUUGUAUUUACCGGUGGUGUAGCCCCGGGAUUCCACAGACCCAUUGCUGGGCCGCAGGCGUUUGAUAUGCUCGAGCAGGAAAUCGAUAUUACCCCGUGGCUUGGUGUCCUGUGUGACGGUCAGCCGCACACGUUCUCAAUCGAGGUGGUUGGCCAGAGCGAUGCCACGGGCGUCUACGACUUUUGGUACCUCUCAGGCAAGAUCUUCCUGUGGUUGGACGAGGCAAACUCUAUCAUAACGGGAGACAAGCCGAUUGUGGCCCUGCCUGACAAUAACUACUUGCCCAAUGUUCAACACUCAUCAGACAACGUCACAACAUGGACGCAGACAGUUACCCGUACAAUCGAGGUUGUUGGCAUCCUCCACCGUAACGGAAAGCUGAUUGCGCCCAACUGGUCCCAGACAUUCUCCAUGGUCAACAAGGGCCUGGUCAAGGAUAACUACCAGGUCUUUAAUGCCAAGUACACGGGCCGCGACCAGAGCACCGUGAAUGGCGCUUCGGUCUACUCAGUCCGCUACAACUACCCCAUCUACCUUGACUACAACACGUCACUCGCUGGACCCGACUACACUAGCAGUACUCGCGCUACGUUAGACCAGACCAUGGAGCGCACUGUCUCUGACCAGACUGUCUACUCGAAUGGCCUAGAGCCGUUCCUCGCUCAGAUCCCUGGCCUUACCGGCUCGGAUGUAAACACAAAGAAGCACAGCACCGUGUUCCAAUACACCCUGAAGAACGGCACCAAAGCCUACAACAGCACGGCCGAUCAAACGUGGACACUAAGCGGCCUGAAGAGCGGCGCCUCUAGUGCACACCCGCUUCUCUACAAGCGCGAUGUCUCGGAGAAGAACCAGGCCUACACCAGCGACAAGACGUAUGUCUAUGGUGGUUCUGCUGCUGCUGCUGGCGCUAUUGGGCUGCAGGGAUCAACCGCAGACGGCUCCGUCAACGAGGAUGAUAGCCGUGGAUCGCCAGCACAAGGUUUGUCCAAGCAAUUUGCGCAGGACGACUUUGCCUUCCGCCCAUUCCACAGCUUCCUCAACAACAUGAUCAACGACGAAGGACAAUCUAAGUAACCAAGUUAUGCGCUUCAAGCGAACAUGACAUGCUACGUAGAUUUUUGUAUAUGAGAGUAAAUUCAAAAGAUAUAUGCAAAUGCUAAAUAUGAGUUCGUUAUACAUCGUCAUCAUAAGUUUUAUACAAGUCCCAUCCUGGGCACCCAUUCUGCUUCUUCUCAUCCGUCGACACUCGCGCCAUGUUUAAUCAGCAACGCCGCCAGCGUUGUCGAUCCCUCUUGCACCGCAUAAUGAAGGGCUGUUUUCUCAUGACAGUCUUUAAAGUUUGCAUCUGCCCUCUCCUUGAGAAGCAUUUCCACGGCGCUAUUCCUUCCCGCUAUAACGGCCCUGAUGAGAGGUGUUUGCUCCAUGUUAUUUAAGAUGUUGACAUUUUUCGUCUUGCGGAUAAUGUAGCGCAAUAUGCUAUCUGUCGACGAUUCCACCGCAAUAUGCAGCGCAGCUUGCCCGUUAGGCCCGAGCUGCGUCAGGCUCGCGCCGCUGUUAACCAGAAAGACCGUCAUCGGUUCAUCGUGCUUCUCCAGCGCUAGAUGCAGCGGCGUACCUAGCGGUGGCAUGGAUAUCGUCGCGACAGACUCUGUCGCUGGGCUCUCUGACCAAGGUGGUGGCGGUGGAGGGUUAUCCGUUAGUUGCAUCAGCGAGGCUGCGAGCACGUCGUUCUCUGAGAGCGGGCGGCGUUCUUGGGCUUGCUUGUCGGGCACAACCAGGCUCUCUUGAGUCUCUGUGAGGCCUAAGCCUGCCAUGCCAUUCAUAUCCAGCGAGAAAUCCUGCCCGGUCCACGAGUCGCCGUUGCUAGCGAGUACGUUGGACGGCGACGCUAUGCCGAUACCCAUGAUGGCAUCAAAUUCGAAGCCGGCAUCCUGCGACACAUACUCGCCUGGGGCAUCGCCCUCGAUGUUCUUAAGUGCAUCCUCCAGUGCGGCAAUCUUUUGUUUUUGGCUAGC